AUGGGGAUGGAACCCGAAUCCACGAGAAAUACACUUGCUUCUUUCCCUCGAUUUCACGACAAUAAUUUUAGCUUUCAGGCCAGCUACAGUGAUGAAGGUGCCGAUGAGAUCUCUUCCGUGUCUUCCACGAGUACUAGCGUUCUUUUACCCCGAGAAAAUGAAGAAGAUGAAGUUUUCAAAAUAUUAAAGUUCUUGGUUACUCAAUCAAAACUUGGACAAUGGGCGAAUCAAUUGACAAAUGCACUUCAGACAAGGAAAAAGGCACCACAGAAGCAUAAAACGCCAAAGGUUUUUUACUCUGUGUUUGCCUGCCCUCCUUCAAUCCUACAUGAGGAAAAACAAUGGAAGGCUUAUCCUCAUCAUUCUGGACAUGAUUUUCAUGACUUUGAGAAAACCGUGUUAGAAGCAAAGCAAGCGAUUGAUAAAAACGUGUUUCCGUGCCUAAUUUCACAGGGCUCUUCUGGGUCUUACUUUGUAAAUAACGACCAGGGGAGAAUUAUAGCAGUCUUUAAGCCGAAAGAUGAAGAGCCCUAUGGCAAGUUGAAUCCGAAGUGGAUAAAGUGGUUUCAUAGAAAUCUCUUUCCUUGCUUUUUCGGAAGAAGCUGCCUCAUACCAAAUCUUUGCUAUCUUUCAGAGGCGGCCGCCUGUCUUUUGGAUCGUAGCCUUGGUCUUUACAUCGUACCUUAUACUGCCGUGGUGUCUUUGGCAUCUCCUACAUUUAAUUAUGACUACUUUGCUCGAAAAUCAUAUCUUUCAAAAAACAAAAGUCUUCCGCAGAAGCUCGGAUCUUUUCAACAAUUCCUCGAAGGCUACAAGUUAGCUUCUCAUUUCCUGGAGUCCCAUCCGUGGCCGGGCAGUAGAUAUCGAGAACAUCGCGACUAUACAGAGUCCGUUGGUUCAAGCCAAGACUUCGAUAUCUUUGAUCCAUUUUUGGCUGAAAACGAAAUUGAAACCGACUUUUGGACAGAAGAUAUGCGUCUCAAAUUCCGGUUCGAACUUGAAAAACUGGUGCUAUUAGACUACUUGAUGCGUAACACAGACCGUAGUUUGGAUAAUUGGAUGAUUAAAGUUUGUUGUGACCCCUGCAACGAUCCGGAAUACUUCAAAUCCGUUCAUAUUCUUUCAAGUGAUAUAACACCUGAUCUAUCCUCCUCUGCUAUGGAUUGUUCUGAUCAUGUUAAUGAUUUGUGGAAAGGUCCUCACUUCCAUAUUGGUGCUAUAGACAAUUCUCUCGCAUUUCCUUUUAAACAUCCCGAUUCCUGGAGAUCGUUUCCCUAUGGCUGGUUGUCGUUACCGCGAUCCAUAUUAACGCAAUCAUUUACUGAAUUUACAAGACAGUUAUUUUUACACAAACUCACUAGCAGAGAAUGGUGGGAAAAUAUUACAGAGGAACUUCAGAACACAUUUUCGAAAGACGAAGACUUUGACCAAAAAAUGUUUAAAAGUCAACUAUAUUUACUUAAAGGACAAGCUUAUAAUAUCGUUGAGACUUUCAAGGACCCUCUUACAAGUAUUUUAGAUUUGUUUGAUCGGCCUAACUUGUACGUUGUUGAUGACAUCGUUCAGAUAAAAGUUAAGAAACCAUCGACAGAGGACGAAGAUGUGAACCUCGGCUCCUCAAGGCAUAAUGGCCAUCGAAGGUAUGGAAGCGUACAACAUACUCCCAAUAUAUACCCGCAAUCAAAAAUGACACUACACCGGCUUUCUUCAUUUCCCUCACUUGGUCAUAAAUUCACCGAAUUGACUCCUUUGAAUACCCAUGCUCCAAAUGCAUCUUCCUCUGUAAAGGAUGAUGUAGCUCCAGUUAUUUUCGAACGUUUGCUAUAUGCAUCAUCAAAUGCGUUUUUCACUAGUUGUUAG